AUGGUCAAGCUAGAAGAACUCGAAGAUGAACAUUUCAUCAACAGACCGGUGGGAUCCAAGGACGACGUAUUGCUCGCCGAUGAUGAUGAGGACUAUACAGACACAGACUCGGAAAUCUCGUCAGCAUCCGACCUCGACACCCUGAGCAACGACGAAACGCUCUACGAACGGCUCAGCGCACUCCGCGACAUCGUGCCGCCGAACACACGGGCGAAGAUCUCAUCUGUGUCGAGCUCGAUCGUGUCCGCGACCAGCACCACCAUCGCGUACUCAGGCAAAGGCCUGUGGGUGCUCGCGACGAGUAUCCUGCUGCUGGGCAUCCCCUACGCCCUGGCCCUCGGCGAGGAACAGCAGUAUAUCGAGGAGGAGAGACAGCGCGCGCUGAUGCAGGAGGGCGCUCAGGGCAUGAUCCAGCAGGGCGGUGGUGAGGGUGAAGCGAAGCCUGCUUUGUAA